UUGAACGCAGUCCUGCGCUGUCGCUCGCUGUGUUGUGUACGUUACGUUAACAAAGUUUGUAAUUUUUAUUUUAGUUUGAUAAAAAAAUCCCUUAGCAGGCUCAUCUUUUGAUUAUUUUUUUUGAUUCAUCAGACAUUAUGAGUGAUAUUAUUACUAUGGUAGCUCCAGUUAACAUAGCUGUUAUAAAAUACUGGGGGAAACGCAACGAAGAGUUAAUUUUACCGUUAAAUGAUUCCGUUAGUGCUACUUUGGAUACGAAUGUAAUGUGCGCCAAAACUUCGGUCUGUGUAAGUCCUAACUUUUUGGAAGACGAGAUUUGGUUAAAUGGUGUGAAAGAAUCUUUUUCGAAUGAACGUAUGCAGAAUUGCCUCAGAGAAAUUAAAGUUAGAGCAACAGUUGAAAAAAGUGUUGACGAUGUUUUUCUAUCAUGGAAGAUCCAUGUUUGUUCGGAAAAUAAUUUUCCUACUGCGGCUGGGUUAGCAUCAUCAGCUGCCGGGUAUGCAUGUCUUGUAUCUGCGCUAGCCAAGGUUUAUAAAAUCAAAUCAGAUGUAAGUUCUAUAGCCAGGCUUGGUUCAGGCAGUGCUUGCCGCAGUGUUUAUGGAGGCUUCGUACGGUGGCACUCUGGCGUCAAAAUCGAUGGAUCAGAUUCAAUUGCAGUGCAAAUUGCAGAUAAAUCUCACUGGCCUGAGAUGCAUGCGUUGAUACUUGUAGUUGGGGAUACAAAAAAGAAAAUAAGUUCUACUAAAGGCAUGAGAAUAUCAACUAAAACUUCAGACUUGUUUCAAUAUAGAAUACAGAAUUGUGUACCUAAGAGAACUGAAGACAUAUGUGAAGCAAUUUUAGCAAAGGAUUUUGUUAAAUUUGGUGAAAUUACUAUGAAAGAUAGUAAUCAAUUUCAUGCAAUAUGUCUGGAUUCAUAUCCUCCCAUCACAUACAUGAAUGACAUAUCAAACAAAAUAAUUGAACUCAUUCAUAAGUACAAUAAUUUUCAUGGUGAAAUUAAAGUGGCUUAUACAUUUGAUGCUGGACCAAAUGCCUGUUUAUACCUUCUUCAGAAUGAAGUACCAAAGAUUUUACCUUUGAUUCAACAUAUUUUUCCAUCAUCAAACCCUGACACAUUUGUUACAGGAUUGCCAACUCAUUGUGAAAUGAUAAAUACUAAUUUACUUGAACUUUUUGCACAGUCUAACCAAAAGGAUUUGGUCAAAUAUGUUAUCCAUACUAAAGUUGGUGAUGGACCAGCUGAAGUAACUGAUGGUAGUCACUUGUUGGAUGAAUCUGGUUGGCCAAUAAACCCAAUUAUAACUUAAGAAAAAUCACAACACAAAUUACUCAAUGUAAUUGACUAAACAGAAAUGGGACUAAUGAUUGAGAUAUUUUAGUCUAAAUAUUUAUUGACAAAACAUUAGUGCUGAAUACAUGUUUGUAAGGACUGGUGCUGUUAGUUCAUAGAUUUAAUAAAUAAUGUAUAAUUUAUAUUAAAGGAAUUUUUCGUAAAAAGUUACUGCAAUUGAAAUUAUUUUGGAAAGAACAUUGUUUAAAAGCUUAAAUAUGUAUAGGAGAAAGUUACAAAAAUAAUAUCCUAAAAAUAAAAACAUUGCUACUAUUAGUCAAGCAAUUUUUAUUUAUCAGGAAGAACUACCAAUUCCUGACAAAUCUUUUGAUUCCAAUGUAAAUAGACCUAAGGAAAGACACUUUUCAAUAACUUUUAAUUUGUACAUGUACACUUGUGAGUAACCAAAUUGACUCAAGCGCUACCUCUGCAUUCAAACUUUGUUUUAAGUUUACAACAUUUUAAUAAAAAUGAUAUGUCAUUUGAAAGCUUGAAACUUCAGCUUUUAUGAGAUAUCAUCAUUAUUAAUAUCCAUGUAUACUUAUAUUAUUGGUGUCUGAACUUAAAUGGGUGAAAAAUGGGAUUAUGGAUAAUGGAGAAUUGACACAAAUAAAACACGUUUUUUCCCUAAUAAGUAUAAAAUUUAUUGGUUCAGUAUUUGGUAAUGCCCCCAUAGACCUAAUUACAGCCCAUAGUCAGUUCUUCAUUGAGCUUAUUAAUUUUUUCAUGGUGUCUUGAGGAAUAACUUCCCACUCCUCUAGCAAACCUGCCUUCAAUUCUUCUAGACUUGAAGGGGCUGGAUUUCUUGCUCGUACCCUUCGUUUGAGCUCGUCCCAUAAAUGCUCGAUGGGAUUUAGGUCUGGACUGAGUGCAGGCCAGUCCAUUGUGAGCAAAUCGACUUUUAGAAGGAACUGCUGAGUAACGCGCGCUGUGUGGCAUCGAACAUUGUCGUGCAUUAGGAUGAAGUCUUUGCCAACAAAUCCUGCAUAGGGCACAACAUGUUCCAGGGGAAUAUUUGUAAUAUACCCAUCAGCUGCCAGUCCUCCUCCAGGCACGAAAACGAGCUCGGUUUUACCCUCCAAGGAGAUACCAGCUCACAUCCGCCACCAUAGGCAACGGUUCGAGGCGUCGCGGCGUGCGGGAGUCUAAUUUAGGAUUGAUUCCUUUUUAGAUGCAGCGAGUGCGCGCUCCGUUUCAACGGAGUGGUCCUUGGUGUCCGUCCCUCCCCACCCUACUUUUCACCAUCGCCCUCGGUGCGGUCAAGCCCACCGGGUGAGACCCAUGAGAGGCCCGGUGAA